AUGGAUUCUGAACCAAAAUGUAGAUUCAAUUUUCCAAUGGAUACAUGCUCUAAGACAAGGUUAGACUUUGAAGAAAUCCAUACUAAAGGUAAUGAGCCACAAUAUAAGGCAAGAAUUGUCACCAGAAGAAAUGAUUCUCAGCUGAAUAACAACCAGCAGCUCCAACUACAAGGUUGGAGGGCCAAGUGUGACAUACAAGUGGUUAUCGAUCAUUAUGCUUGUGUCAAGUACCUCACUAAGUAUGCUUCUAAGGGUGAACCCAGGACACCUAUGCUUAAAGCAGCAUUCAACAGAAUCAUGAAUAAUGCUCCAAGCAAUGAUAAUCCUCACAAAGCUAUUAAAAAGUUGUUAUGA